AGCGCUGCCCGGCGCCGCGCUGCAGCCCAGAGCCGCGGGGCCCGGGACGGCGACCCCGCGCUGGGGCCCGGCUGCAGCCCAGACGCCCGGGCGGUGAGGUUGAUGAUCCCCUGGCCAGCCGCGUCCUGGGGAGAAGAUGGCUCAGCCUGCACCCCUGAACCAGAACCUCCCAGAUCUCGGGGGCCCCUUCUUGUACCGGGAUCAGGACGAUGGGGAGAAGAGCUCCUAUUCGGUGGAAACUCCCUACGGCUUCCUCCUGGACCUGGAUUUCCUCAAGUACGUUGAUGACAUCGAAAGUGGCCAAACGCUCAAGAAGGUGCCACGCAGGGCAAAAGGGGCUCGGCAGCCGCCCAGCGCCCUGCGCAGCCCCAGCAGCCAUGCCAGCGCCUGGACGUCCACCGAGUCCCUCACCUCCGCGGCCAGCGAGGACGGAAGGACAGCUCUGCUGCUGUCCCCGCACGGCCGGGGGCCCCCAAGCAAGCCAACCUCCCACCCCGUCUCGCCACCACUGCCGGUGCGGCUGCUCCCACCUCCCACCCGCAAGUGCCUUGUGCGAAACCCGCGGGUGGAGAAGACUCUGCUGGAGACAAGCAGGAGACUGGAGCAGGAGCAAGGCCACUUGCAGGACAUCAGUGGUCCCUCCCGCAGCGGCCCGCCGGGCGCCCUGAGUCAGCCGCUCCCCUGGAUGCCGGUGGGCACCGAGGGCCAGGUGGGCUGGGGCCGGGUGAGCCCCGGCAGCUCGGGGCGCAGCACACCGGCGGCAGGGCUCAGCACUGCACCACUGCACCACGUGCGGGAGCAGAUGGCCGCAGCCCUGCGGCAGCUGCGGGACCUGGAGGAGCAGGUGAAAAUCAUCCCCCUCCUGGAGACACAGAUCUGCGAGCUGAAGAGGGAGAAGGCGAAGCUGAUGGAGAAGCUGUCGGCAGAGCCUGCCGAGUCGUUCGGCCACCCCUCUGGCUCCGAGGCAGUGGCAGGGGGUGAGGAGCCAGCCCGCGCAGGGCUGGACGGUGAAGUGGAGCCAGCAAAGGGGCGGACGAGCAAGAUCGCGGAGCUGAGGAAGCUGACGGAGAAGCUGGCAGUGCCAGAGAGGGGUGGCAGGGCUUGGCCGAGCAGGAGCCCCAGGGCCGGCGAGAGGCCGUGCCGCUCCGUGGCGGUGGGUGAGGACCGGGCCAUGGCUGAUGUGGUCUUCUACUACCGGUCCCAGCAGGAGGGCAGCGAUGUGCCGGAUGGCAGCGGGACGGAGCGCAAGGACGCAGCCGUCUGGGUGCUGGAGUCCUCGCUGGGUCUGUCCAGCGAGGCAGAGCAGGAGCUGGAGCUGCUGCAGCAGACCGUGGGGCACCAGAAGGAGGUGAUCGCGCUGAUGGAAGGGCACCUGCAGGAGGCCACGCGGGAGCUGGAGGAGCUGCGGCUGGAGGUGUGCUCCCGCCGGCCCCACGGGCGGGCGGACAAGGAAGUGACAGCCAAGCCGCAGGUGGCCGAGGCGCUGGUGGAGGCGGCGGUGGCGACGCAGAGCCGGGCGGCUGGCGACACCCCGCAGACGGCAGAGGCAGGCGUGGAGUGCUGCCCACCGACCGCCUGCGUCGGGGUGAGCUGCUGCCCCGAGAGGUGCGACGUGGCCGCCGGACCCGAUUCGGUGGCCGGGUGUGAAGAUAAGGGCAGCCAGACCGACUUGGGCAGCGGCGUCCCGGCAGGCGAGGAGACAGAGCCAGGUGCAGGCCACGUCCCGCGUGUCUCCUCGGCGCAGGAUGCAGAAGUGGAGGGGAUGUGCCAGAGCAGCCUGGCCCCCAGGGCAGCCACGCCAGAGAUGCCGCCCAGUGCCUGUGACCCAUCUCCAGUGCGGGAUGGUGGAGCCGCUCCGAGCCCUGCAGCCGGAGCCCUGAAGUCCAUCAUGAAGAAGCGGGACGGUGCCCCCCGGAGCGAGGCGGAGGGCGGCAAGAAGAGCCUGCAGUUCGUGGGCGUGCUGAACGGGGAGUACGAGAGCACCUCCAGCGAGGAGGAGGACAGCUCCUCUGAGAAGGCUUCAGCUGACAGCUCUGACAGCGAGGAGCAGGAGGACACAGAAACCUCGGACGAGGAGGCUGGGGAGGGCGAGCAUGAGCCAGGACAGGAGUGUGAGAGGGGUGGAGUGACCCUGCUGGAGCCCCCCGAGGUGAAGGAGAAGUUUGAGCUGAGCCCCAGGAUGCGGGAGGCCUGCCUCAUUGUCAAGACACACCUGGGCCAUCCUGGUGCCACCAAGAGCAAAGAGGUGCUUGCCAGCAGCAGCCUGGUCCUGCAGGAGUGGUUCCGCCUGUCCAGCCAGAAGUCUUCCAGCCCUGACACAGUUGCCAACCACCUGCUGGCUUUUGCUGAGGUCUCCCCUGCUCUCCUGGCCCACGUGGUGAAUUUGGCAGAUGGGAAUGGCAACACAGCUCUGCACUACAGCGUCUCCCACUCCAACUUCCACAUUGUGCAGCUGCUGCUGGACACUGGGGUCUGUAAUGUAGACCACCAGAACAAAGCUGGCUACACAGCUCUCAUGCUGGCAGCGCUGGCAGCCGUCGAGCAGGAGGAUGACAUGAACGUGGUCAGGAGACUCUUCAGCAUGGGCAAUGUCAACGCCAAGGCCAGCCAGGCUGGCCAGACGGCGCUGAUGCUGGCUGUCAGCCACGGCCGGCAGGAGAUGGUCGCUGCCCUGCUGGCUUGCGGCGCCGACGUCAACCUGCAGGACGAGGAGGGCUCCACCGCGCUGAUGUGCGCCUGCGAGCACGGCCGCGCCCACACCGUGCAGCUGCUGCUGGCCCAGCCUGCCUGCGACGUCUCCAUCACCGACAGCGACGGGAACAACGCCGUGGCCAUCGCGCUGGAGGCCGGGCACAGCGACAUCGCCGUGCUGCUCUACGCCCACCUCAACGGCACCAAGGCGCAGACACCUCAGGGGAUAUCACCAACAGCCCUGAAGAGCCCUGGGAGCCCCAAGAAACCAGAUUAGGGACCCUGGGAUCCAGUCGUGUACCAGUCAGCCGCCAUCAGCACUGAGACUGAUGUCCCCUCACCUACCACUCCUGUGUGUGCUGAACUGCUCCCUGCACUGCAGAUGCUUCAACCCUCCUGUCACUUAGAGCAGGCAUCACCCCUGGGCCUCACCUGCCCAUCUGCACUGCUGGAAGCAGCCCACGCACAGCCACUUUGCUCCACUAAGUGACAGAUGCCAAGCAUCAAGAGACCUCGGGGUGGGGUGUGCACCAUCCCCUGCUCCCCGCUGUGACCACCGGAGCUGUGCUGUCAGAGCCCUCUGUGAGUCCCUAACUCACUGGAACACCAAAACACUAACCCAGUAGCACUGGCAGCUGGAUUCUGCUCUCUUAGCAGCCUCUGGCAGCUGCAGGGGCAGUGGAGCUGGUGGCAGGGAGCAGGGCUGUGGAAGGUGAGCACUGGCUUAGUGUCCCUGGGGAAGCCCUGCCCAGCAGGCAAGGGAGAGGGGACACAAGCAGCUGAUUCAAAGUGCCUUGGAUGUGGGCUGGAAGCACUUCCAGACUGAAAGUUUGCCCUUUCCUGGCUGAAAUCUGCAUUUUUUUCUAGCACAUGCACACAAAGUGAAAAAACAAACCCAACAAACCAGCCAUAUAUUGCUUAGUCAAAGGAUGGAGCUCAACCUGAGGCACCUGGGGAUGUCUCUGCUGAGCAGGAGCACAACUUCUGGGCAAGCUGACAGGAGGAGGCCAGGAGCCAUGGACCGCAAGACUGCCCAGCCAACACCCAACACAGGGAGCAGGGGAAAGACAGCAAUUACCUGUUAAAAGUCAAGUCUGAGAGCCACUGUGAAGGCAACCAGAGCCCAGACCCUUCCCAAAGGUGGGGAGAGCAGCUGAGGAUAGCUCCAGGAGAAAAAGAUGGGCAGAAGAGCUGAGAGCAAGCACAGGGCCCGCAGCGAUGGCCGCGUAUGUCGCAGAUGUGUGUGUAUGUGCACAGGCAGGGUGAGAGCAGGCAAGGUAAGGACCAGGAGGGAAGAGAAAAAAGCUUCUGCAUGUGAAGUCAGCUCUGCUCUGAAGCCUCCACAAAGGCAAUGCGUGUUGCAGCCUCCACUUCUGCUCCGUGGCCCAGCCUCCCCCUGCACCGCUCCUAUCCCAUCCAGGCCAAGUCUGGGCCAUGCUGGGAGAUGCUCCCCAGGAAACUUGUUGUGGGCUGCACACUGCAAUCCUCACCGUGGACAGCUUCAGCUUGGCACUGAACUUACUCCACAAUGCUCACAGCCACUCUCUACUACACUGCUCUAUGUAUUCUGUACUCACUGCUUUGGUCUCACAGGUUUGUUUACUGAUAUUUUAAUACUGAUGUCUAUUUUUAAGAUAUAAAUAAAACAAAGUAAACAUU